CCAAACAUUUCUCUCUUCCAAACUACUGUAUCAAAUAUGGAGGCUAAACUUCUUGGUCCUCUUGUGGAUGUCACAAUAUCUAAGGUGAUUUCAGUUACUACUGAGCAACUCAACUUAGCAGUGGGAUUCAAGCAGGAACUCAAGAAGUUUCAUGUGAUGCUGAGAACAUUGGGGGGUGUGCUGCAAGAUGCUGAACAGAAGAAGGUGACAAGUUACUCUGAUCUGCAACCUUGGCUUGAGGAGCUUGGAAAUAUAGUUGAUGAAGCUGACGAUGUGGUAGAUGAGAUUGCAUAUGAACAUCUACGGUACAAGGUAGCUCAAAUGUGGGAAAAGGUCAGCUAUUUCUUUACUCUUUCCAAUCCUUUAGCUUUUUGCCUUAAGAUAGCUAACAGGAUUAAGAAUUUAAAUUUAGAACUAGCUGACCUUAAUAAUGGGGCCACUGGGUUAGGGCUGCAAUACAGACUUGCAAGCAAGCAUCCUGAACAUAUAGAAACCCAACAAACAGAUUCCUCAAUUAGUGAUCCAUCAAAAAUUGUAGGAAGAGAAAAUAAGGUCCUAGAAGUCGUUCAAUCAUUGAUUGACUCAAGUAAUGAUCAAUGUCUCCUUGUUGUAUCCAUAGUGGGUAUGGAAGGCAUAGGCAAAACUACUGUGGCCAAACUAUUAUUAGAAAUGUUGCAAGCUUUUGUUGAAAAUGUUUCUGUUGAUGAAAGUCAAGAUAUUGUAGUUCAGAAACUACAGGAACAUUUGAGGGAGAAAAAUUAUCUUCUCAUAUUAGAUUAUGUGUGGAAUGAAGAUCGGCAAAAAUGGGAAUCCUCAAGGAGCUGUUUGUUGGGAAUAGGUACAAAUGUUGGGAGUAGGGUUCUUGUCACAACUCGAAGUGAAAAAGUAGCUUCCACAAUGGGAACACUUUCUGAGCACAAGCAUCAUCUCGAGAAGCUAACAGAUGAGGAUUGUUGGUCCAUAAUCAAGAAAAGAGCAUUUGUUAGCUCAUCAUUCCCUCCAGAAUUGGAGAGGAUUGGAAGGGAUAUUGGUAGCAAAUGUAGAGAUUCUGUCAUGGAAAAGGAGAUGUUAAUGCAGCUUUGGAUGGCUGAAGGAUUUCUUCAGCCUCUUAGUGAAAGAUACAUGGAGAUGGAGGAUAUUGGUGAUAGGUAUUUCAAUUCAUUGUCAUCAUAUUCUUUAUUUCAAGAUGCUGAAAGAGAUUCUUAUGGGAGCAUUAUUGCUUGCAAAAUGCAUGAUUUAGUUCAUGAUCUUGCACAAUUUGUUUCAAAGUCCCAAACUUUGAUUUUGGAAGAUGGCAGUGGAAGGAAUAUUCCUGCAGACAUUCGACAUUUAAAUGUCAUUUCUGAUAAGGGUACGGCAGCAACAAGAUUUGGGGAUGCCACUAAAUUAUUGCACACUUUGUUUUCACAAGUUGAUGUCUUUCACAGUAUGUCCAUGAACUUGAGAAGGUUCUUGGAUGUUUCAAGAACUGGAAUCAAAGAACUUCCCAAGUUUAUCACUAGGCUCUAUCAAUUGCAGACAUUUAGAUUUAUGGAUUGCUGGAAAAUCAAUGGGCCUUUGGAAGGAAUAUGGGAUUUAGUAAAUUUGAGACACAUUUAUUUCAAUCAGUGGGAACUUAUGCCAGCAGGGAUUGGUAGACUAACUUGUUUGAAAACAUUACAAUUAUUUGUUGUGGGACAACAGAAGGGACAUCAAAUUGAAGAAUUGCGAUGUUUAAGCCAACUCAAGGGAAAAUUACAGAUCCGUAAUUUGGAUAUGGUUAGAGGCAAAGAAGAAGCCAUGGGAGCAGGACUUUCUGAAAAGGCUACAAUUCAGGAGUUGCAAUUGGUGUUUGCUAAAAAGCAUGCAUUUGAGGAGUUGCAAUCGGUGCUUGAUGUGGGAUAUACUGACUUUAUCGAUAAUGGGUUGUGGUGGAUUAAGAAGUUUCCAAGUGGGUUGCCAUCAUGCACUGCUCUUGAGGAAUUGGCUAUCACCAACUGUGAUAAUCUAAUCUCUAUUCCAGAUGAUUUGAGGAGGAGCUGGAGCAUCCCUAACCCUGCCUGCCUUGCUUGCCUGAAGCAGCUGACUAUUGGUGGUUUCUCAACAGAGCUCAAGGAAUUUCCAGAUCCGAGCUUCAUCGGAUCUCAUCUUGAAGUAUUGACUUUGAUUGCAUGGGGAGAACCAAGAGAACGUCUGCUGGAUCAAAUUCAACACCUAACUGCCCUUUGCCUUUGGAUUAAUGGAUGCCCUGAGUUAAAGAGAAGAUGGGCCAGUGGAAGUGGUUCCGAGUGGGACUACAUCUCUCACAUUCCACUUAUCAACAUAGAGGGCAGAUGGAUCCAACUCAAAGGAGAUCCCAUUGAGUAUGAGGAUAAUGAGCAGCAGGGUGAUGAUAAUGAGCAAUUACCAGCACGGGCUACAAGGCUUCUAGUUCUUCAAAUUAAUCUGCGAGCAAUCAGCCUCUAAAACCUUAUGUGAUGUUGGUGACACCAUGCCAAAAAGCCAAAGAGCCAAGCACAACAAUCAUCUCAAAAACCAUGGAGACCUUUUGAUUUUUAUAAGAUCCAUACAUGAAUUCAGGCCAUUCAUUGGCCUUGAAACACCUAGCAAAACGCACAUCGAACAAGCAAAAAGCAAUUUGGAAGGCACUUUCACCAAGAGAAAUUAAGAAUGAUUCUGAGCAGGGAAUUAAAGAUGAAAACAGUAGGAGUCAACCAUGACAACCAGUAGCUAACCGUGGAGAUCAAUGGUAUUGUAGACCCAGUGGUGACGAAUGUGAUUUGCUCAAUAUGUUUUUUUUCUUUGAAAUGGUGAUGAAGAGAUUUGAACCCACUUUCCAACAUAGGUCGCAUUUCUCCUGACAAUUCAGCCAACACCAGCUGUUUCUUUUGAGCCAGCAACCCAGUGAUUAUAUGGCAAGUCCCAAAUGAAGAAAUCUCGUAAAGAUCA